GCCCCUGCAGCCCCUCCAUUUGCUCCAGUUGCCCCCACUGCCCCAACUUCUUCAAGUUCUGUUCCUGGAUUGAGUGCUAGUCGAUCUGCAUCCUCAUCCUCAUCACAUGCUACUAGGACCUACUGUUAUGUGCAUGCAAGCGGAAAUCUUAUGCCUUCUGAGAAGACAUCUAGUGCCUGCACAAAGAUUUUUCAAAAGUACAAUAUCGAGAAGGGUUCUUCCUGGAAGAAUAUCCCAUAAUCCACAAAAGAUUUUUAUUUCAGAGAGUUUGAGAAAGAAUUUCACUGGGAUGAGGGAAGUGCUGCAAUAGUGAGGAAGGCAUGGAAUAAAAAAGCAGCUACCCGAUACAAAGACCUUCUGACAAAUGAAAAGAAGAAAAAAAAGAGGAGUGCUUAUAUAUCAAAUGAAGUUUGGGAUAAAUGGAAUUUAGAUUGGAGUACUCCAGAGUAUGUAGCAAAGUCAAUGAAGUACUCAAAGAACUGCCUAACAGAGAAGGGAGGUGAAGGAGCUGGUCCUUCUAAACAUACAGGUGGGUCCAUAACACAUGAGGAGCAUGCUAGACGCAUACAAAAUGCUAAGACAGACAAAGUUCCUCCAACAGCAGCUGAGUUAUUUCUCCACACCCAUACAAAGAAGAGUGAUCGCAAUAAAUUUGUUGAUAAACGAGCUGAAAUUGUUUAUGAAAAUUAUCUGAAGCUAAAAGAACAACAUUCAAGCCAAUAUGUGGGAUCAGAUCAUGUGGAAGGAGAUGGAGGAACUAUUAAUGAGGAUCAAUUGUUCAUUACUGCAGCAGGAGGAUGGCAAGGAAGUCGAGUUUAUGGUUUAGGUAGUGCUGCCUCUUCUGCCUUCUCUCAAACAGGAACUGGGGGAACAUCAACAAAUGUUCCAUCAUCCCAAUCACCAGAAUGGAAGAAGGAAAUUGAAGCAAAGUUUGAAGAGAAGUAUAAUAGUUUGCAGAAACUUGUAGAAGACCAAAAUCAAAUGAUAGCUCAAAUGCGUGAUGAACUACAUGCAGCGAAGAUGGGACAGCAGUCUUCCUCAUUGAUGCCAUCAUCAUCUGAUAGUCCUCUAGCUCAUAGAUCCCUUGGUGAUUCACAUAUGGAUUAGCAUGAUGUCAUUACUCACUGACUUAAAUAAUAUAUUUUAUGAUAUGAAUUUAAUACUAUUUGGAUCCAUUAUGUAUUUUGAGAUAUUUUAAGUUUCUUAGUGUUGAACUAUAGUAAUGUUUUGGACUUUUAGAUUGCAGAAUUAUGAAAUGAAGUUGAUGUGUAUAUAUUGUCUUUGA